GACCCUUAACAAAAAUACAUGCAACUAAGACAAUUAUCUUACGAUUAGUAUAGAAGUAUUCACCUAACAAAAAAUUAUGAUAAUGGUAUGGGUUAAUGAAUUGUUGUGUUUGUGUAAAUUGACUUAGUCUCUUAGCAAUUAUCAUAGGCUGGAAAUGACAUUCCUUUCAAGUUUUCAUUCAUCAUAAUGUAUGAAAUUUAUCUAAAUUAGGCGUCCAUAUGUUGUGGUCUAGACUUUACAUAUACAAAUAUAUACUAUAUGAGCAAUAUUGAGCUUUAUAUUUUAUGAGUCUAAAAGGGAUGAAUGUUAACUCUUGAGUGGUUAUGCAAAGUAUUAUGUGUAUAUAAUAUAUGUUAGAUAUAUGACUAAUUACUUAACUGGUUAAUUUGGUUUGACUGGUUAGGAGUGUCUGAAACCAAACCAAACCACAUAAACCAAACAAGCUAAAAAUUUUAACCAAACCAAACCAAUUAUCCAAAUUAACUAAACCAAAUUAUCCAAAUAGUACCGGUUAAAUCGGUUACUACGGUAACCAAACCGUUUGAACACUCUACCUUCAGGGCUUCAAGAAAGAAUCUUAAAAGUCGUUAAUGGUUAGUUUACUGGCCGCCACGAGCCGUUCCAUGAGAGGUUCUAUUAAUCUAUAUUUCAGAUUUCUUAACUAAUUUAUUUUCUUUCUUAACACUUAACAGAAACCCAAGCUUAAACUAAUAGUAAAUUGUUUGGUUUACUUUUGGGGGGAUUUAUUAUUAAAUUAUUAUUUUCCCGUUAGUUAUCUAAUUAUCUUCUUCUUUUGGAUCUCCUUCCUCUGAUGAAUGAUGACGAUGAUGGUUUUUACUUCCCUUAAACAAAACCAAAUCCCACCUUCCGAAUUUCAGUUUCUCCCUCCCUUCAUUCCUUCUCUCUCUUUGUCAGCUCUCAGCCCUCUGCAAUCUCUAACUGUUCCAUAGCAUUGCUCAUUCCCAGCUCCCACCAAUACAAACUACCCAGAACCGGGCUGCGCUUCUGCAACGCUCUCAGGAAUCCUCCAAUUGCAAUUCGUUACUCAUACAUUAACUGGGUAGGGAUUUCCGCUGCUAAUUUUGCGUGGAAGCAAGUUUAAUUUGAUGGGUUUCGGAAGAUGUACUACCGAGAGACCAAUGGUAGCAGUUCUGUGGACUGUGUAGUAUGGGAGGAUUACUGCUUCACCUGCUUGACUUCAAUCAGGACGCCAUGGCCAGGAAAAUUCUGGCCAGCAAGCGGCGGGUUGAUGGUGAAAUUCCAGUUCUGGAGGCUCCUAGGAAUAGCUUGGAGAUGGAAGUUGACAGUAACCAUAACUGCUUUGAUUCAGGAGAUGAUGGGCUGUUCUUUCAGCAAGAUGAAGAAGAUGGGCCAAAAAGCAGGUUCUUACCAAUGGAGGCACCAAUGAAAAGGUUGAUCAAUGAGGAGAUGUCUAGAAACAGGAAAACUUCACCCAGCAUUGUGGCUCGACUUAUGGGCGUGGAGAUGUUACCAUUGGACAACGUAUCUGUGGUUCAUCAGCCAAUUCAUAGAAGAUGUGAAAGUAUGGAAAACAUGAUCUUGAGAAACGGAAAGAUUGAAAUUGGCUCGGAGGCUGAUUGUUUCUCUUCCAGCUCGAAUUGUUCGAGGAAGGAGCAACUUGAUCAUUGGAGUAAUGGCCAUAGUUCAGGGAAACCGACACGCAGAGAGCAUCCUCAAGAAGAAGAGCUACAGAAGUUCAAAAAGGAAUUUGAAGCAUGGCAAGCGGCCAGGUUUAAGGAAUGUUCCAGGGUUGCUGAACUGGUCAACGUUGCUGGUCAGCUCUUAGCUCCAAAACAAUUCAACAGGCAAGAUAGUAGAGUAGCUGAGGCAGAUUCUGAGGCAAGACAAAUGAAGAAAUCCACUGAAAGUACAAGUAGUCACAUACAGAAACCAACAUCUCAUGAGAGAAGCCCUUUGCAACAUCAAAAUUCUAACAUGGAACUGUCCAGAACCACAAGUGGCAACAUCGAAAACCACUGUGCUGAUCUUGGUGAGAGGUUGCAGGAUAAGUCUUCUGCUCAAACUAGAAUAGUGAUCCUGAAGCCUGGCCCUGAUGAGUUCUACAGCAACGAAGACUGUUCUUGUAAUAGCCCCCCUGCCAUUUUUGAAGAGAGAGGUGGCAUGGAGAACUUCCUUCAGGAGGUUAAAGAACGGCUUACAUGUGAGUUGGAAGGUAAAGCUAUUAAAAAAAGGGGUUCUGCAGUUAGAGGAAGUGGAAUUGAGACUCCCUUCAGGGAAUUGCCAUCUGACCAUCCCAAACAAAUUGCCAGGGACUUAGCAAAGCAUGUCAGGGAAAGUGUUGGAACACAUUUGAUUCGAUCAGAAUCCACAAGGUCAUCAAGAAGUGAAAUGCAGCAGUUCAGUGGCUAUGGCUCCCCAGAAUUCAUGAACCGAGAUACAAGGCGAUUCUUGUCAGAGAGACUGAAGAAUGUUAUAAGGAGGAAACAAACAAAUUGGGAAAUUAGGCAAGAAGAAGAACCAGAAAUGCAGACUGGGUCAUUCAGGCAUGGAGAAGAUGAUGGUGUUGGCCUUUGCAAAGAAUUGUCUUCUCCUAAGAACUUAAUCAGGUCAUUAUCCGCUCCAGUAUCAGGUACAUCUUUUGGGAAGCUUCUUCUAGAGGAUCGCCACGUCUUAACAGGAGCACACAUCAGGAGGAAGCAUGAAGCCCUUGACAGUGUAACUGAGGAGUUGAAAAAACAGAAGAAAGAGAGAUUCAAUAUCAGACAAAAGGUUUCCAGUUUCAGACACAAUUUCACUCUCAGGCGCAUGCUGUUUGUCAAGAAGUUUCAGAGGGUGGAAUCUUUCAAUUAUGGCAAGGAUAUUCACGUUGUGAAUGCUAGGCAGCCAACUAGCAUGAACUUUGGGGAGAGACAGAUAACCAUGAUGGAGAACUCUACUGAGGUGCCUCCAAGUCCUGCAUCUAUUUGCAGCAGUGGUCAAGAUGACUUCUGGUCUAGGCCUGCUGAUUGCCUCAGCCAAAUCUCGACGCCUGAUGUAACCCAAGAAGAAGAUGACUACGUGAUGCCUGAAGCUUUUAAGGAUAUCUGCUCUAAUCUGAAAGAAUUAAGGAAGCAAAUAAACCGACUUGGAUUAAGUGACGAUGAUGAGUCCGAGCUUGCAGCAUCUGUAGACAGCAUAGUAGAACCACUGGAGGAGAUUGAUGACAAAGAAGAAUCUUUCAUCAGGGAUCUGCUGAUUGCUUCCGGUCUGUACGAUGGCUCAUCAACAGACAUCUGCUUAUCCAACCCUAUCCCAAGCUCAGUGUUUGAACAAGUGCAAGAAGAAGCAGCAGCAUCAAGCAAGAAAUCAGCAGGCAAGGAUAACGACGAGAUUGAGGGAAGUGGGAAAAUGUUGUUUGACUUGAUGAACGAGGCGCUCACGAGUGUACUCAACCCCGGGCAAAGACUCAUGUGGGUGCCUUGCGUCAGAAGGAAUGCCACAGGGGUGAGGUUGCCACCUUUAAGGGGAAGGAAGCUGCAUGAGAAGGUGUGGAAAAUGAUUCGUUCGUAUGUAUACCCUACUCCAUCGGGGAAUCAUAAUCACGGCGUCAAAUCUGGUGCUGCAGAUGACGUGGUGGAGAGUCAUUUGGGAUCCAUGAACUCGUGGUCAUGUGGGCUUAUUGACGAGGAGGAGUUGGAUGAGGUGGGGAAAGAGAUGCAGCUUCUGAUAAUGAGUGACCUGAUUCAGGAGGCUCUGGAGGAAAUGUGUCUCCCUUGAAUACGCAUCUAUUGGGACGAAUUGAUUCUUGAUAUGAGAGAAAGACUUGAAGAUCGAUGGUUUAGUUCAGACUCUACAUUUCAAGCUUGGAGAUAGGGAGGGUGUGGUUUUUGGUAGUUGCUAAUUAUUAUUAUUAUUAUUUAUUAACAGGAUAAGUGUGAGUAUAACUGCAUAGGCUAGUAUGAUUAUGCUAGAAUAAUUUGAUUUCUUUUGUUUGGGUUGUAUGUAAGCAAAGAGGGGUUUGUUUAAUGCUCUGAGUGUUUCCUUUUUUUCUGACACAAGAGGGGUUUAAAGUGAGUGAUUGUAUAUAUUCAGUUUGUUUAAUGCUCUGUUAUUGUUUGAUUAAUCCACUGGAAGGAAAGCAGGGACUUAAUGAUUUUCAUUCCCACAGAUCAACGUUUUAUGUUGGGUGUAUAAGAUAGUCCUUGUGCUUCAGCUUCACCCGUGGUGCAAGAAGUUGGGAAAAACUCACUUUUUCUAGUGGAUGAAAGUUCGUAAGAUCGCUCUCUUCCAUGUAAAGAAAGUCUUGUGACAGAUGAUAAUUAGUUGGAUGUUCUGCCGGUGACUUUCUUGAAGAUCUCGUUCGGUGAAGCAUGGCUCGUGAAUAGUUGAAGAUGAAAGGGUUUUUCGAAGUUAUGUCAGAUUAAAACGUUAAUUUGUAACAUUUUAGUCAAAUCUUAUAUUGACAAAACAUGUGGGAGGUUAAUGAUUCGUAAAAAAUAAUUCAACUUUAAUUGACAAGAUUCAUUUUGAAUUGAAAUGAGGAAGUUUUUGUAAGAAUUCUAAAAGUUAGUUGUACUCAGCGUGGAGCAGCGCGAAGAUAGGCGACCUCUCGAAAAAACACUAUGAUAUGUCCCCAAAAUCACAAUUGUGCGGAGUAGGCCAAAAGUUGACAAUAUUUUGACCAAAAGAGGGUUGAGAUGUUGCAAGUGGUAUCAAAACACAUAUAUCAUGGUCAUAAGAGGGUUUGGAUGUUGCAAGUGGCAUAAGAGCUUCUCAGCGUCCCUCUUAGGAGAUGGUGUGGCAAACCUCAAGUGUAUGUAACACCUGUCAAAAGAGGCUUGGGAGGUUACAGCUUACAAAUGGUAUCGGGCUUCUCCGAGUCUCUCUUGGGCCAAUGGUGAGGAAAACCUCAACAAGGAUGGUGAGUUCCAAAGAGGUACGUAACACCUUAGGCAAAUUUUACAUCGACAAAGCACGAGAGAGAUUCGUGAUUCAUAAGCAACAAUUCAACCCUAACUGACAAGACAACUUUUGGGGUGAAAUUGUAUCUAGGCAUCGGGUCGUGCUGCCCACAAGCUAGCACGACACGACAUGGUAAGAGUAAGGCACGAGCACAUGCCUAAACUUCAUAGGCACGAGCACAACAUGGUUAUAAGUUGACCGUGGCAGACCUAAUAUUUUUUAGACCUAUUGAGUAUAAGCAUGACAUGACAAGAAAAAAAAUACUUCUUUAAUAGAAAUUGUUGGUAUAUGAAAACCAUAGUUACAUGUUUAUAAGAAGGUUUUUAGUAAUUUUAUCAAAGUUUAAGGGUAAACUUCUAAGAAGUACACAUGACAACUUUCUAAUGGUUUCUUUCUCUCUCUUUAUUUAAUCUCAUUAUCUCCCUAUUUCUUUCAUCUUAAUCAUGAUUUUUGUAAAUCAAUAUUUUCUUGUUUUCUGAAAUCGAAUUUUGUACUCAUCUCUUACUCUCGAGACCUCCUUUAGUAUGUGAUUUUUCAUUUUUACUCAUCUUUCUCACUCGAUGUUAAGUAAUGGUAGCAAACUUAAAGGUCACUCUUUAGAGAGACACACAUGGCAACCUUUGAAUGAGUUUUUCCCUUUUUCUUUUAUUUUCACUCAUUCUUUCCCUAAGUCCCUAUAUUUCUGUUUGUAGCCCUAAACCCAAAUUUUUCGUUUGUAUUUGGUUUUUUACUAUUACUCACCUCUCUUGCUCGAGACGGACUUUCAUAUAUUCAUUUAAUAAGAGUAACAUAGGUUU